AGGCUUUUUGUACAUCUCUCUCUCUCUCUCUCUCUCUCAAAAUGAAGGUCCGAUCAUGGCUAUCAACAUGCUCCUCCGCCACCUGUAUCACCACCUCCGGCGGCUGCGCCACGACGCCGUCGACUAAACCUUUCCAAUCGGACACCUCUUCCGACGUCCAAUCCCUUUCCUCCUCAUCCCAAGAAACCUCUUCCAGCAGCCUCCAAAGCAACCUCUCCCUCCUAACCCUCCCUUCCGUCCCUUCCCUCCAAAAACUCUCGCCGGAAAACUUAAACCUCUCCAUCGACACCCGUUUUCUCACAACCCUUAAACACUGCCGGCCUGUUCACAUCAAUUUCAUGGCUGUCAAUAACAACCUAUUAUACGCUGCCUCUGGCAAUGAAAUCAAUGUUUUUGAGAUAAUAAAUAAUACUCUUGUCGAUGCUUUUAGUGGAGAUGAUAUUUCGUCUGGUGCCGUCAAGUCUGUUUCCUUUUGCAACGGAAAAAUCUUCACUGCACAUCAAGAUUGCAAAAUCCGGGUAUGGAAAUUAACUAUUCGUAAGAAACACAAGCUCAUUACCACUCUCCCAAAACUUGAAGAUCGUUUUCGCAAAUUCAUUUUACCUCAGAACUACGUAAAGGUAAGACGCCACAAGAAAAAACUCUGGAUUGAACACCAUGAUGCAGUAUCAGGGCUAGCAGUGUAUGGAAAUUCUGUGUUAUCAAUUUCAUGGGAUAAGAGUUUAAAGAUUUGGAGGGGUUCUGAUUUUCGAUGCACAGAAUCCAUUGCAGCACAUAAUGAUUCUAUAAACGCAGUUGUAGUGUCAAAUGAUGGAAUAAUCUACACAGGGUCAGCUGAUAAACGGAUCAAAGUAUGGGGAAGGACGCAGUCACCGGAGAAAAAAGAGAAAAAAAUUCAUUUAAUAGCAACUUUAGAGAAGCAUAAAUCUGCUGUAAAUGCACUGGCAUUAAAUUCCGCCGGAAAUAUAUUAUUUUCCGGCUCAUGUGACCGGUCGAUUCUUGUAUGGGAAAGGGAAGACAGUGCAAAUUAUAUGGUGGUGACCGGUGCAUUGAGGGGUCAUUCAAGGGCGAUACUGUGUUUGAUUACUGUUAAUGAUUUUCUCUUCAGUGGGUCAGCUGAUCAGACAGUGAGGAUUUGGCAACGAAGGAUUGAUGGGUUGUAUUGUUGUUUGACUGUGGUAGACGGGCACCAGAAGCCGGUGAAGUCGUUGGCGGCGGCAGUGGAGGCGGAUGGCAGUGAUUGUGGUGGUUGUGUUAAGGUUUUUAGUGGUAGUUUUGAUGGAGAAAUUAAGGCGUGGCAGGUUGAGGUCUCUGGUGUUACUAGUUCCUUGUCUUAAUCUUUAAAUGGAAUGACAAAAAUUUUAAUGGAAGUUUUUGUCAAUUAUUACAAAAGUUGAUAAAAUAAGCAUUCGAAAGUUAAUGAAAGUUAUAGGUCAAUGAAAUGUAUGAUUAAAAUUGAAGUUAUAAUAGUUGAAAAAUUGAUUAAA